CUCUCCCCCCGCCCCGUCCCGCCCCAUCCCGGCUCUGGGUGCGGGCCGGCAGUUGCGGGGUGGCCGCGGGGCGCUCGAUGGCCUCGGAGGAGCUGGCACAGAAGCUGCAGCGGCGGCUGCUGCUGGAGGAGAGCGGGGCGGCGCCGGGGGCUGUCCCCGAUGGUGUCCCCGCUGUCCCCGGCGAUGUCCCCGCUGCGGCGGAGGCCGGCGAGUGCCCGCGGGGCAGCGCGGACGCGGAGCUGAGCGCCAAGCUGAGCCGCCGCCAGGACAUCAACGAGGGCGCCGCGCUGCCCCGCCGCGCCGCCGUCUUCAACCCCUACACCGAGUUCAAGGAGUUCAGCCGCCGGCAGAUCAAGGACAUGGAGCGCAUGUUCCGCCUGUACGACUCAGGCCGGGAUGGGUACAUUGACCUGAUGGAGCUGAAGCUGAUGAUGGAAAAGCUGGGAGCCCCGCAGACCCACCUGGGGCUGAAGAACAUGAUCAAGGAGGUGGAUGAAGACUUCGAUGGGAAGCUCAGCUUCCGUGAGUUCCUGCUGAUUUUCCAUAAGGCUGCAGCUGGGGAACUCGAGGAGGACAGCGGCCUGUUGACUCUUGCGAAGCUCUCAGAGAUAGAUGUCUCCAUUGAGGGAGUCAAAGGAGCCAAGAACUUCUUUGAAGCUAAGGUUCAAGCCCUCUCUUCAGCCAGUAAGUUUGAAGCGGAGAUAAAAGCUGAGCAGGAUGAGCGAAAGCGGGAAGAGGAGGAAAGGAAACACCGCCGAGCGGCUUUCAGGGAGUUAAAGUCUGCGUUUACCCAGUAACCGACCAGCCAAUACGCACUCUGAGAUUGCACACGACUUGGUACGUUUCCCAGAUCAGGGCUCUACCUGGAGAGAACUGCCUGGAUCUUGCCUAAAAUUCGUUACAGCUUCGCUAUCCUUCCUCUCCUGAAGAUCCUUCUGAGUUUCUCGCAGUUACAAUGCAUUCGUAACGAUGUGAGUCGUGUUUGCUCUGAACUGUCACGAGCACACCACCCUAAAGCAGAAACAGCAGGUAGCAAAUCACGGCGAGCACUGACAUGUGUCAUGCUUGCCUACUUCAUUCUUUCCUUCUUUUCUCUACACCCUUUUUCUCUUAACUCGGUAUUAAUUCAUUCUUUGCUUACAGGCAAGUAGCGAGGUCUUGUGUAAAUCAGGGUGUAUAAAGUACAGCUCGACUUUCUGUACGCUUGUACUGCUGUUGGGUGUUGUCACGCAUCCUUGACUAGCCCUUUCCUUCCACAAAGCCCCGUGCCGCAGGCACUGUGAAAACACUGUGAAGAGAGAAAGAUAGUUUCUAGGGACACGGAUCAAGUUAAUUAUCAUUUAAUGUAGCAUUUUCUGCCACCCAGCAUGUUGGAGAGUCUUCCAGUUCUUCUUCUCUGAAGUGCCAUAGUAACAAACCUUUCGAUAAGAGAUUUCCUAAGGCUUCGAAGGGAGGAAGCUGGCUCUCUCUUAAACGAGGAAUAGAAAACGGAGUUGCCUGACCAUCCACCUUCUUUCACAUUCCAUCACUUUUAGUGUACUGUACGUCUUCACUGUAUUUUCCAGCCCUAGGCAGCUGUAUCUGUUUGUAAGGGAUAUUGCCAGCUGGACGAUGCAAUUGGACGGCAUGCUGGGGUUUUCUAUUUGGAAUUUUGCUCAUAUCCUGAAUCAUGAAGGUGGCAUUGUUUGAUUUCAUUAGAGCCACAACAGAUAACACCAGCCCAGCAUACUGAGCGAUCCCUGCUCAAGAAGGGAAGACCAGCGAGGUGAGCACGUUCAGCUGAACCAAAUUUGGAGGGUUUGCUCUAAAUCAUUAGCCAUUUUCUUUUGCAAACACAGGAAACUUGCCCACAAAUGUUAAAAUGCCCACUGCUUGUCUGGAUACCUACGCUGUAGAUCAUAGCAGGGGAGCUGCGUUCCCUCAGAAACCUCUUGCAAUGUGGAUUUGCUCAAACUCUGCCUCUGCUAUUACCCCAAUUUGUGCAUUUCAUUUCUUUUUUUCCUUUCCAGAACAAAACUCCACAGUCAUCUUUUCACUUGUCUGUUCGCUUCUUAAACUGUGAGCACUAAACUGUGAGCGUGGAAUAAUAAAUAGAAAAACCUCUCCUCUUUAAUGUCAGGUGAAAGAAUUGCUAAACAAUUAAACUGUGUAUAUAUAUCUUCACAGAUUAUAUUUUAUAAAUCACGCUUUUUUAGCUAAAUAUUUAUAAUUAAAUGUUUUUAUACUUUACAACAAAGCAGAUAAUUUCAUCUUCAAUUAUUUCUCCUGUUGCUGAAAUGUACAAAUAAAGCAUUAUCUCCAGUC